AUGGCGUGGAGAGGAGUGUGGAGGCAUCUGCUGUCACCGCUACUUCUCCAUGCCGGUUUCAGGCCCAGCGCGGGCCGCACCAGCUGCGAGGGUGAGCGUUGGGAUCAUCUUUUCGGGGCCCUGUCGGAGGCGUCGGAGAACAAGGAGUUCUGGGAUGUCUUCAGCCCGCGGAUGCUGGAGACUACGCAGUCUGAACUUUUCGAGUGGUACAAAGCCAACUAUCGGGAGUGUGUGGAGGGAUUCCUCUCCAUGAUACUCUAUUUAUCCCUGGUCAUGGAGGAGCGGCGUGCUUCCCUCCUGGACCUGGCGAGCCGCGCGGCUCGCGAGCUGAACCCGCUGGCGCUCCGCGCGGGACACUCACCUUGGCCAUUUUUUGGGCUGAUGGACCGGUUGCAGCUGAUUUGGCAAGCCGGUCAGCAUGCUGCGCCGUUGCUGACGGAUCCCUGGCGCCUCCCUCCCCGCUGCCCUGCCUUGCCGUCGAUUCUGCAGCCUUUUCAACAAGGCCCAGAUGGCUCUGUCGAGCACCUCGGGGACUUAGCCGCCGCCUGGGGAUGGCGAGGUCCAUCUCCUGCGCAAGAUUUCUCCAGUAACUCUGUCCUGCGCUUGGCGCGGAACCUGCCUCCCGGCGCCAUCAUGGUGGAUGCCGGGGUCUUCGAUGGCACAGACUGGUCCUUGAUGGGCAUCCUCGCCGGGGCCACGGUGAUCGGCUUCGAGCCUCUGCGGGAGAACCGGAAGUUGGUCGAGGAGCGGCUUCCGGCCGCCCUGCAACAGGAGGGCUACGAGAAGGGCCUCCACACUGCCUUCAGCUUCCUGACCGUGGCGCCGGGAGAAGCGGUGCCGCGGACGCCCUGGUUGCAGAUCGCUCCAGUCGGUAGCCGACAAAGGCUCGGCCACAGCUACAUCUUCACGGCUGGCUUGGGUGAGCGUGUUCGCUCCCUGAACAUGACGGUCCGGUACGACUACAGCAGCAUAGCGGACCAGGGCUACCUGAAGGGCCCGCCAAACAUGGAGGAUGAGGAGGUAGGUUUGACGACCUUGGAUGACAUCAUCGACUCUUACCUCAGCGACGUCCACACAGUGGAGCUGCUGAAACUGGACGUUGAAGGCUACGAGAUGGGUGCUCUGCGUGGAGCGGAGUGGUUACUGUCCGAAGGGCGGGUGCACUUCCUGGUCAUGGAGUUUCAUCCAGGAAUGCUCGGCAGCAGCGGAACUGACCCAGAAGGGCUUCUGGAGUUUCUCCGCCACUACUGCUUCCGCUGCUUUUCUCUGAAGAUCCGGGAGACGCAAAGCUUCGAGGCCUUUGUGGCUCGCUACGUGACGCCGCAAGCGACGCCUCUACAGGGUCUUGGUGAGUUGGAGGACUUGGUGUGUGAGAACACGGCGUGGCAAGGCAGGUGA